CGGCUGGUUGUGGAUCGCAGAAGGAGGACGCUGGGGCCCGCCGUCCAUCCGCUGCUACUAUGAUUCCUGUGUCGCUGGUGGUGGUGGUGGUGGGUGGUUGGACUGCCGUCUACCUGGCCGACUUGGUGUUGAAGAUCUACCUUAGUCAAGGACUUCAGCCUUUCUAAAAGAUAAGACCCUUGUAACUGUUUAUAAGCAGCUGUCACUGCAACCCCUGGAGAAAUUUAAGAGCUGCUACUGACACCAAGAGGACAGUAGUCAUCUGUGUAUUUUAAACAUUCUUAUGAAGACUGGCUGGAAAAGAAUGGAUUGAGCAUCUCUCCUUUCCAUAUAAGAUGGCAAACUUCAGUUUUUAAUCGUGCCUUUUACAGUUGGGGACGGCGAAAAGCAAGGAUGCUUUACCAAUGGUUCAAUUUUGGAAUGGUGUUUGGUGUAAUUGCCAUGUUCAGCUCAUUUUUUCUCCUUGGAAAAACACUGAUGCAGACUUUGGCGCAGAUGAUGGCUGACUCUCCCUCUUCUUCCUCUUCUUCCUCUUCCUCCUCCUCCUCUUCCUCUUCCUCCUCGAUUCACAAUGAACAGGUGUUGCAAGUUGUGGUUCCUGGUAUAAAUUUACCUGUCAAUCAGCUGACUUACUUCUUCGCUGCAGUCCUCAUUAGUGGUGUUGUACAUGAAAUUGGACACGGUAUAGCAGCUAUUAGGGAACAAGUUCGAUUUAAUGGCUUUGGAAUUUUUCUCUUCAUUAUUUAUCCUGGCGCUUUUGUUGAUCUGUUCACCACACAUUUGCAACUUAUAUCACCAGUCCAGCAGCUAAGGAUAUUUUGUGCAGGUAUAUGGCAUAAUUUUGUCCUUGCUCUCCUUGGAAUUUUAGCUCUUGUUCUCCUCCCAGUAAUUCUCUUGCCAUUUUACUACACUGGAGUUGGGGUACUUAUCACGGAAGUCGCAGAGGACUCACCUGCCAUUGGACCCAGAGGCCUUUUUGUGGGAGACCUUGUCACUCAUCUUCAGGAUUGCCCUGUUACUAACGUGCAAGAUUGGAAUGAAUGUUUAGAUACCAUUGCAUAUGAGCCCCAAAUUGGUUACUGUAUAAGUGCAUCAACGUUACAACAAUUAAGCUUCCCAGUUAGAGCAUACAAACGACUAGAUGGUUCUACUGAAUGCUGUAACAAUCACAGCCUCACAGAUGUGUGUUUCUCCUACAGAAAUAAUUUUAAUAAGCGUUUGCAUACGUGUCUACCUGCCCGGAAAGCAGUUGAAGCUACUCAAGUUUGUAGAACCAAUAAAGAUUGCAAAACCAGCUCAAGUUCAAGUUUCUGUAUAGUACCAUCGUUGGAAACUCAUACUCGAUUAAUAAAAGUGAAACAUCCACCUCAAAUUGAUAUGCUGUAUGUAGGGCACCCACUACAUCUUCACUACACAGUGAGCAUCACAAGUUUUAUUCCACGUUUCAACUUUCUAAGCAUAGAUCUGCCAGUUAUUGUGGAGACAUUUGUCAAGUAUCUGAUUUCUCUUUCCGGAGCUCUGGCUAUCGUUAAUGCAGUGCCCUGCUUUGCCCUGGAUGGUCAAUGGAUUUUAAACUCUUUCCUGGAUGCUACCCUUACCUCAGUGAUUGGAGACAAUGAUGUCAAAGAUCUGAUAGGAUUUUUCAUCUUGCUUGGUGGCAGUGUACUUUUGGCUGCCAAUGUGACACUGGGACUCUGGAUGGUUACAGCACGGUAAUAUUUGUUCUCAUCCAACAGAAAAUAUGGAGUACAACUAUGUGGGAGUAUCAUUUGCUGUUGAAAUUCCUACUAGGUAUGAAGUGUAAAGUGUUUCCUUAAAACACCUUGGCCAACACCUUUGAGCUCCUCCUAUCUCUAGAGCAUCCAAACUCUAUGGUGGAGAAGUAGUGGAAGAAAUGCAAAGCAUAAUUCCUGACUACAUGCUAGUUUUAAAGAUUGAAUGUGCAAAUUUUGAAUGUUUGUGGAACAAUUGGUAAACAAGUGAAAAUUGACUCAUGUAAUACCAUUUUGUGUGACUAUAUAGCAUUUUAGAAUAGUAAAAGGGAAAGCAGAAUCUGGUGGUGACAUUGUGUGUGUGUGUGUGUGUGUGUGUGUGUGUGUGUGUGUGUGUGUGUUACUAGAGUUUGAAACCAGGGUCUCGCUUAUGCUACUUAUGCUAAGCAAGCUUUCUACACCUAAGUUAUAUCUUCUGUCCCUGGUAAAAUUUAGUGAAAAGUGCCAUUAAGAUGAUGUAGUGGUGCACACCUAUAAUUCCAGCACUUGCCUAUGUGUUUGGAAGGCUAGGCAAAAGGAGCAUGAAUUCAGGGUCAUCCAUCUUUAGCUAUAUAGUGGGUUAUGGGCCAGCACUGGCUACAUAGCAAGACCCUGUCUCAAACACACACACACACACACACACACACACACACAAUUAAAGAUUUAGGGAUACUGGAUUGUUAUUAAAUGGAAGAUUGAGCAAGUGUUCUUAGUUUUAUAAUGCUUGUCUUUAUCUUAUUUGGCAAUAUUUUAAAGCUUAAUGGUAUAUUAUACUAUACUCUGAAUAUCAAGGUCUGAUUACAAUUAAACCAGUAAAGUUCUAUGAAAGUAUCUGCUAACAUGAAAGCAAAAACUUUGUGCCAUUGAUACCAAGUAAAUGGACAAAGUUGAAAGUAAAUAAGGCCUGUGAUGUGAUAAAACAGUUUUGGUGCUCAAGUAUUCCCUUUUUCGUAGUGUAUCUCUGCACCCUUACAACACACUAGCCUUGUUCUAUAGAGUAUGCUGCAGGAAGGACCUCUGACAGCAGCAUGUGAGCUCAGGCAGUUAGAGGUGAAUUUGAGAACUAAGCUGAAUCCUCUAACAGAUCACAAACCAACAGACACUGCAGCAAAUCUAGUAAGCACUUUCUAGAGGUUUGCAGCUUGAAACUUUUCCAGGGUAGACCUUUUCCUUUAUGCUGCAACAGCACUCAACCCUGAGCCAUACUCUGUCCUCACCAGCAUCUAGUAUGUUUCUAUCUGUCGGGGGAUCAAACACCGAAUCUUUGUUUUCCGUCUCCCCCUAAGCUACCUCUGUGAGCACACAAAGACUUAGUCAGAUAGUGAGAAUGGCUGCACAGAUGUGGAUUUCCCAGAAUCUAGGAACAGACUCUUGAGCCCUAAAGAACCAUUGUUGGUCUUGUGGGUAGCAAUGGAACCCCUGGGAAAUCAGAGUCAGCUGUCCAGUGUGAAGCUGUUAGUCUUAGAGAUAUAUGCACAUACUGUUUCUUUCAUGAAAAAUACACAUUUGAUGAAACACACACACACAUUAGAAGUAGCAAAAGGCACUGGUUCAUUCAUUAAUAGCCAGAUAUAUACCUCCUUCCUGAAGUAAGGCACUUCAUGAGGUUACCUUUUUUAGAACAUUAACUAUCUUAAGCGCCUAAAACUUUUAAAUCAAUUUUUAGAAAAUUUAGACUUUAUUACAAAUUUGCCUUCAUUCUCUGACAAGAAUCAUACACUGAAUAUCAUUUUGAGACUUUAUUAAUGAUGGGCUGUUAGUUGCUAAGAGUACUAAAGGCAUACGAAUUUAGUACUUUUAAUUUCUAUCCCAGAAAAUAUGACAUUUGUUGUCUUCUGUGGUCACUCAGGACCAAAAUGUAUUUGCAUACUAAAAAUGCACAGACCUUUUCAGGUAGAGUUUUGAAAAUGCCGUGAAAUAUUCACAUAAUUAACUUGAUCACAUGCAUUAAGCAGUUUAUUAAUGAAAAUGUAUGUGUGUAAAUCAUUUUUUUUUCAAUACUGAGGAAAACAAUUAUUGUUUGGUGUGGUACUUAUAGAACCAGCAUAAAUAGCCUCACACAUGCUAGCAAGCACUCUACCACUAAGCUACCCCAUAGGCCAUGAAAAGAUUUCAUAAGAGGAAAUUCUAUCCACUAACUUCAUUUUCUGAGUGAAAGCAACAACAAAACAAAACCUCACUUCAUAUUAGCUGCUAAACACCUCUGUCAGCUAAUCUGUAGGGUCAGGGUGUGGGAACUUCUCUCCUCCUGGAAUUCCAGAAGAUUUGUGUACAAAUGGCUUCAUUGAUUAAGAAAGGAGAUGUUACAUAUUGUCUAUUCGGCUUCACUGUGGGCUCUUCUACUGUGAGUGUGUCAUUCAUACUCAGCUUUGUCUCCCUGCACAGUGCAUGAAAUAUUAGAAGUGGUUAACGUGCUUGAAUGGAUGAUGAUUAGUGUUUAUUUAUGGGUAGGAAAGCAUGCUUCUAUUUAAGUAAGCUGUAAAAAGGAUUGUUGAAUAUUUACUGUACAUAUAUGUUAACAUAAAAAAACACUUGGAAGGUCUCUAUGUCCCUGGUGUAUUAUCAUCUUUAUGGAAAAAAAUAUAUUUUGAUUUCUGUAGAGCAAUUAGAAAAAUGAAUUAUAUUGGAAAAAAUGAUUUAUGUUGGUGAUUUGAAGUAUCUUUGUGUUGUCACCUUGUUCAACAGUAAAUUUUUAUUCUCAGUGUUCCUAUUUUGCAUUGUUUACAUUUUAAGGUUUUUAUUUUAAUCAUCUGUAAUUGUAAAGAAUGUAUAUAUUAUUUUCAGCAUCUCAGUUUGAAGAGACAUACAGUUAAACUUGACUUUUUUGAUAAUCAUGUCUAGGUCAUUGUGCUAACAGGAAAUUGUAAACAUAUGCUUCAUAGUGAUGUGGCUCUCUGUAAUCAUUGUGUCCUUGGUAUUUGAGCAUCCACAUACUAGUAGCACACAGAUAAUUUUUUUCAGUAACUCUUGAGUGACCUGUAAUUCCUUUUUAGGCUUUAACUUGAUGGUAUAAUUGUCAGAAAUUGAUGUGUAGCAAUAAAAGAACACAUGUAAACCAGCAUUUCAUGUUUA